GUGAAAAAUACCUCGCUCCACCCGUCUCCUUCCUCAGUCACAGCUGUUGUAGUGAGAUUAUUAAUGGCGGGUCACAUGAUUCCUCCCAAAGGACCAGGAUUGGGACGGGAAGUUAGGCAGCAACCGCCCAUUAAAUUAACAGCAGCGGCCGGGGCUUAUCAGACGACCUUUUCUCUGCCCUCAGUUUUGUAUUGUUUUGAUAGUCGGGAAGCGAUGAAAGCUCAUGCAAGUCAAAUCCCGUCUUCCUUCCCUGCUGUAGAUAAAAACAAAACCCAUAGGGAUAGCAGAUUGAUACAGCUGCAUAAACAUUGAUAAACCCGCAACCCGACAACACACCUCUUCUUCCUCCGUACUGCUUCUUCUGCUACUUCCCGUUCCUCUUCUUCAUCUUCUUCUCCCGUUCUCUCUCUUUCCUCUUUAUUCCUUCCUUCUUUCGUUUCCUACCAAAUUCCAACUUCCUUCUUUCUCCCUCUGCCUUGUUGGUUUCUUUCAAUUCUUGUACAAACUCGAUCGUAUUCCUCUCUCUAGAAACAAGAAUCGAAGCGGGGGCAGGGCAAUCUACUUGAGAACCUUUUAUGGAAGGGAAGCACCAACUGGAUUUUGGUCUGCCACUUUUAUCAGUAAGAAGGGUUCCAUCACCCGCUGUUGUUGCGAAAGAGGCAGGCAGCAGGAGGAGCAGGAAACCAGCAGAUGUCCCAAAGCUGCCACCACUUCCCUUUUACAAAUCAGAGCUGAAAUCAGGGCCAGUCGGGGUUCCAGGGUCGGUUCCUUUUGUGUGGGAGAGAAGCCCUGGGAGGCCAAGGAAGGAAACCAGCUCAGAUUCCCUACCACCUCUCCUCCCUAGACUUCCUCCUGGGAGAAGGCCAUUGAAUGUCAAACAGGUUGCCUCAGAUGCAGCCUCUGAAGGGUCAUCGUCGCCAGCUGCUUCUUGCUCCAGGAAUGGUGGCCUUUCCAGUGACCAGAAUUCGCCUACUACAGUAAAGGCAGAAGAGAAAUCCGGAAAAGUUAUGGAGGAGACGAAGAGCUCCAAUCUAGAUGGUGAUGGCAUUGAUGAUGAAGAGACGUUCGUAGAUGCAUUAGAUACCCUCUCAAGGACAGAAUCUUCGUACUUGAACUGCAGCAUAACCGGAGUUAGCGGGCUAGAGGGUCUGGAUAUGAGACCAACUAGGACACUCUCUAGUGAUUUGCAGGCUAGGGAAUUCAUGAUGGGUAGAUUCUUGCCUGCUGCACAAGCUAUGGCUUCUGAGAAUCCUCAGUAUUCUACGCAGUAUCCCACUAAGAAACAGCCUGUUCUAAGAGAGCAAGCUAGACAGAUUAAGACAAUUGAACGUGUCGAAGAGGAUCAGCUUCCUUCGAAAGGUUCAAGGGUAAACGUACUACCAUACCAUGCUCAAGUUGAUAAUCCAAAAGAGGAUGAUGAUGAUGAUGAUGAUGAUGAUUACAGCGAACCUAAUGCUUCUUCGCUUGGAAUUUGUGGGUUAUUGCCUCGGUUUUGCCUCCAUAAUUCUUUGAGUCUACUAAAUCCUGGUCCUAGGAUUAGAAAGCCGGCUCAUAUAUCCGCUUCUUCGGUCAGGACAAGAAGCAGCAUCGGAAAUAAGUAUGAUCAGGCUGCUGCUUAUGUAAGAAGAAUACCUUAUGAAGCUCAACCGUGCAAAGAGCCGCAGAGUAAUGCUGGAUGGUCACAUCAUGAGCCAUCUCAACCUCCGGCCUCUAAAACACAAGGUUUUCUUGGAACUCCUAACAAAUAUAAGGAUUCAGAGACAAUGGGUUCUAUUCUAUCCGUUAAGGAAGUCAUCAGUUUCGGCGAACUAUUAGCCAAUGAUGAUAUAGAAUGGAAAUCAGGCUCUGGAAGUCCUGUUGUUGAGAAAACCCUGUAUAUCGAUUCUAUACAGGAAGUAACGCAAAUUGAAGAUACAGACUCUACUUCCUCGGAUAAGAAAGGUUCAGCCAGUGACAAGGAAUUCAAGGAAACAGUUUCUGUGGAUGGUUCAUUGCCAAAGGCUAAGCAAUCGAAGCCCUUGAGUAAAAAGGAAGAAGAAGAGCUUGAGCAAUUUGGAUCUUUUGGCUCUUGUUAUCUUUCAUUUUCCGACAAUGAAGUUCAAGUGGACGUCCGGCGCGAUCAAGAGCUUAUUCUUGCUCCUGCUGCGUUGACGAUGCCAGCACUCGAUGAAGAUGGCAACAAAAAUAAUAGUGUGUGGCCAGUAGUCAGCAAGGGAGAUUCUCAAGGACCACUGAAGCAGUCUACCAACUUGAUAAGGCAAAAGCUGGCAGGUGACAGAGGGAAGGACGAUUCGCAAAACCAAAAUAAUACAAGGCCAAGUCAACAGAAACCUUGUUAUGGAAACUCACUUAACCCUCUUGCACCACCUUUACCGAAAUCUCCUUCAGAGUCAUGGCUGAAGAGAGCUUUGCCCACUGUCUCGUCAAAAACACAGCUGUCGAAGUCUUCCCUUGGCAUUCUUGGGGAUUCAAAGGUUGAGGACUCCAUUACAAAAUCCUACUCAGGUAAAACCUGGGAAACGAUUGUUAAAUCUUCUGGCGAGAGGAACAGGCGAUUUCAGGUAUCAGAGGGCCAACUUACAGCCAUACCAGAAGCCUAAGAGUUAAAGGGUCAAGUCGCCUUUCUGCAGCAUAUGUUGUAUAUCAGGUUUGUUGGGUGCUGACAGAUGAAAGCACAAGGAAAGUGGGUUUCAGCUAAAUAAUUACAGUAUAAAAAAAAUGAUAGAAUCUUUUUCUGGCUUUGAAAGUUGAAUUAUUUGGAAUGAUAGAAUCUUUGUUCUCUGUAAAGCAUAGGAGGGGCAAUCUUUGUAGCUGUAUGUAAUGAGAUUAGGAGAAUAAAAGCGGGGGCGGGUGUAUAUGAUCUGUAAUGCAUGUUGCUUAGUUUUUAAGAGUGAAAUAAUGAAUACAAGCAAUGAUUGUAUACUUUUUGCUGUCCUGUGUGUCCCAAAGAAAAGGAUGACGCUACUGCUGUAUUAUUGUUAUUGGGCAAAGCCCCUGGCGGCUUUCUCUUCUGUGUGGGUCAGAGGAAUGGCAAGAUGGAAGGUGGAUGAAUUGUCGUAUGAUGUUUUGGUAACUUGUCAUUUCUGUAAGUGGAAAGUGAUUGAGAAGUGUCACGC